AAACCUGAUUCCUUUGGUUUAAAUUAAAUAAGUAUUUGUAUUGGAAACAGACUCUAACAGAUCACUGUGACAGCUAUGGCUACUUUGACUACUGGGGGAAAGGAACACAAGUCACAGUAACUUCUGCCACUUCAAGUCGACCCACUGUGUUUCCCCUGAUGCCAUGUGGUUCUCAGAGCGGAGAUAUGAUCACUCUUGCCUGUCUUGCCACUGGCUUUAACCCUCCUGUGGUGACUUUCUCGUGGACAAAAAGUUCCUUCCUUUGGCCCUCUUCCUUGACAGACUUCAUCCAGUACCCUGCUGUACAGAAAGGGAAUGUUUAUACAGGAGUCAGUCAACUCCAAGUGAGGAGACAGGACUGGGAUGCAAGACAGACUUUUCAGUGUGCCGUAACGCAUGCUGCUGGGAAUGGACAAGCUUCUUUUCAAAAACCAUUGGUGUUUGAGCAGAAUCCAACUCUUAAAGUGAUUUCCUCUCCUGAUGUGGACAGUACCUAUACUGCCUCCUGCUUUGCCAAAGAGUUUGCACCAAAGAAACAUGACAUCAAAUGGCUGAAAAAUGGAGCAGACAUCACCAGCAAAAUAGAUCUGAUCAGUACAGUUUCUGAAUCAACAAAGGCAGAUGGAAAGAAAGUGUACAACGCAGCAAGUUUUCUCACAGUAAAUUCCAAUGAUGUGAAUGAAGAUACUGAAUUCACUUGUGUGUUUACGGGAGGCCAAAGUGGAUCUUUGAAUAAAAGUGACACAGACAACACACAAGUGGCGUUUAAGCAGAAUCCAACUCUUAAAGUGAUUUCCUCUCCUGAUGAGCACGGUACCUAUACUGCCUCCUGCUUUGCCAAAGAGUUUGCACCAAAGAAACAUGACAUCAAAUGGCUGAAAAAUGGAGCAGACAUCACCAGCAAAAUAGAUCUGAUCAGUACAGUUUCUGAAUUAACAAAGGCAGAUGGAAAGAAAGUGUACAACGCAGCAAGUUUUCUGACAGUAAAUUCCAAUGAUGUGAAUGAAGAUACUGAAUUCACUUGUGUGUUUACGGGAGGCCAAAGUGGAUCAUUGAAUAAAAGUGACAGAGAUGACACACAAGUGGCGUUUAAGCAGAAUCCAUCUCUUAAAGUUAUUACCUCUCCUGAUGAGCACGGUACCUAUUCUGCCUCCUGCUUUGCCAAAGAGUUUGCACCAAAGAAACAUGACAUCAAAUGGCUGAAAAAUGGAGCAGAAAUCACCAGCAAAAUAGAUCUGAUCAGUACAGUUACUGAAUCAACAAAGGCAGAUGGAAAGAAAGUGUACAACGCAGCAAGUUUUCUGACAGUAAAUUCCAAUGAUGUGAAUGAAGAUACUGAAUUCACUUGUGUGUUUACGGGAGGCCAAAGUGGAUCUCUAAAUAAAACUGACAGAGACAACACACAAGUGCAACAGAUUGUCUCGCCAAACAUCACAUUGUACCCAGUCUGGGAUGGGGAAUUUGGAAACUCAGCAGUAAGGCUCAUCUGCACAUUGAGUGACUUCUUUCCAGACAAACUUACUUUGAAGUGGGUACAGGAUCAACAACCACUGAAUCAAAACAACAAGGCAAGCACAAGGAAGCUACACAGUCCAGAGCAAGGGAAGAAAACCUUCAGCCUGAGCAGCGAACUCAGGCCAGAUAAGACAAUGUGGGCAGAAGGCUCAACUUUUACCUGCAUGGCUGAUCACAAUGGCGUUGAAUAUAACAGAACAAUAAACAUUUGUCACACUCUUUCAAGCUCCCCUCCCUUCAUUCAUGUGGAGAUUCCCAGCUUCAAGACAGUAAUGACCUCAGAUACUAACGUUCAAGCAACGUGUUUGGUCUACACUGACUUUAAUGCAACACUCACCUGGCUGAUUGAUGGGAAAGCCAUAAAGGAAAGAGUAGACAUAGAGAAAAACACAACUCAUAUAAACAGUAAUCUUAGAGUUCCCUCGACUCAAUGGAAGAAAGUGAAGCAUGUAACAUGCAAAGCAGAGCAUAAGUGCUUCACAUCUGCUGUGAAGACCAUAAAUAUUACAGGUUCUCCAGUUAAUACUCCACUGGUAGAGAUCAGGCGAUCCCUUCCAGAUCUCCUGAAUGGAGAAAGUGCAGUGUUCGAGUGUGUCAUCAAACAACUGUCCUCACGUGACCUCUACGUCACCUUACAAAUCAAUAAUGAAGAAAUAACUGAAAGAAAAUAUUAUAAUUUUGCUGAAGGCCCGGGCCUCCUUUCAAUCAGUAGUCAAUUCACUGUCCCUCAGAUGUACAGGAAGAAAGAUACAACAUUUACCUGCAAAGUGAACCAAGGCUUUUCUGAAAUUUUUCAGUCAAGGUCCAUCAGCAAUAUUUUUGUGGACCCAUCCAUGGAGCUUCUUCUGGUCCCCAGUAAAGGUUCAGGAUCACAGACUCUUUCAUGUUCUGGAUGGGGAUUCAACCCUAACAUUACAUGGUUGUCUGAGUCUCAGCAAAGAUCUCCAUCAACCAGUGAUAUCAGCAUGGGUGUAGAUGGAUGUGCCCGAGUGACCAGUCAACUUGUAAUUAAUGAUUCUGAGUGGAAAACAGGGAAGAUCUUCACUUGUGAAGUGUCUGACAGGUCUCUGAACAAAAUGGUCAAGAAGGAAAUCAGCCUCUGCUCGGCUCUUUCAAGCUCCCCUCCCUUCGUUCAUGUGGAGAUUCCCAGCUUCAAGACAGUAAUGACGUCAAAUGAGGUGCAAGUAACAUGUUUGGUCCACACUGACUUUAAUGCAACAAUCACCUGGCUGAUUGAUGGGAAAGCCACGAAGGAAAGAGUAGACAUAGAGAAAAACACAACUCAUAUAAACAGUAAUCUUAGAGUUCCCUCGACUCAAUGGAAGAAAGCGAAGCAUGUAACAUGCAAAGCAGAGCAUAAGUGCUUCACAUCUGCUGUGAAGACCAUAAAUAUUGCAGGUUCUCCAGUUAAUACUCCACUGGUAGAGAUCAGGCGAUCCCUUCCAGAUCUCCUGAAUGGAGAAAGUGCAGUGUUCGAGUGUGUCAUCAAACAACUGUCCUCACGUGACCUCUACGUCACCUUACAAGUCAAUAAUGAAGAAAUAACUGAAAAAAAAUAUUAUAAUUUUGCUGAAGGCCCGGGCCUCCUUUCAAUCAGUAGUCAAUUCACUGUCCCUCAGAUGUACAGGAAGAAAGACACAACAUUUACCUGCAAAGUGAACCAAGGCUUUUCUGAAACUUUUCAGUCAAGGUCCAUCAGCAAUAUUUUUGUGGACCCAUCCAUCGAGCUUCUUCUGGUCCCCAGUAAAGGUUCAGGACCACAGACUCUUUCAUGCUCUGGAUCAGGCUUCAACCCUCAAAUUACAUGGUUGUCUGAGUCUGAGCAAAUAUCUCCAUCAACCAGUAAUAUCAGCAUGGGUGUAGAUGGACAUGCUAGAGUGACCAGUCAACUUAUAAUUAAUGGUUCUAAAUGGAAAACAGGGAAGAUCUUCACUUGUGAAGUGUCUGACAGGUCUCUGAACAAAAGUGUCACAAAAAAUAUCAGUAAAUGUUCAGUAACUCCAUCAUCAUCACACCCAGUUGGGGUUUAUGUCCAGGGACCACCAGCACAGCUAAUUGAGAACAAAGGACAAUUGACUAUUACCUGUCUUCUGGUCGGCCCUAAUCUUAAUGAUUUCUCCAUCACCUGGAGAGUAGGUGGCAACAAAAUUCCUGACCAUGAUGUCCUAACUAAUCCCCCAGUGAGUCACAGCAAUGGGACAGAGACUCAACAGAGCUUCCUUAAUGUGUCAGCAGAGGAUUGGGAUGCACAUAAAAACAUUUCUUGUGAAGGAAAACAUCCAUGCUCCAAUCAGGGGAAUGAAGACCAUAUAAGCAAAAGCAGAGACCCCCUUGUGCCAACAGUGAAGAUAAUGCAACCAACUGCCUCUGAACUUUCUAAGUCUGACAUCCUAACACUUGUUUGCCUAGUGUCUGGAUUUUUCCCUGCUAACAUCAUAGUGUACUGGGAAGAAGAUGGCCAGACUCUCCCAUCCUCGCAUUAUGUUAACAGUCCUCCAUGGAAAUACUCAGGGAGCAGCUCUUACUCUGUGAGCAGCAGACUAAACAUAUCCAAAACUGAAGACAAAAGGUCUAUGUAUUCUUGUGUUGUCAAACAUGAGUCAUCUGAAGUGCCCGCUGAAGCUACUAUAACUGAUGUGUUUGCCUCAGUGAUCUACAGCCAGCCAUCAGCCUACUUGUUUCAGGGCUCUAAUGAACUUGUGUGCCUGGUCUUUGGCUUCAGCCCUGUUUCCAUUAACAUCACUUGGUUUCAAAAUGGAGGCACAGAACAGCUGAACUACAACACUAGUGCGCCCCACAGAGGCCCAGAUGGAAAGUUCAGUGUCCAGAGCCACCUUUACCUGUCCCAAGAAAUAUUCUUACCUGGGGUGGUCUUCACCUGCAGGGUGAUCCAUGCCAACACCACCCUGUCCCUGAAUAUAUCGAAACCAGAUACGCUGAAAUAUUGUAAUAUAUUUGACAACAUUGUGCAUGCUGAUGUGAAUGAAGACACAGCUGAGGAAAGCUGCAAUGUGGUUUUCACCCUCAUUGGUUUUUUCAUCAUCGCCACCAUAUAUGGUAUCAUAGUUACAUUGAUUAAGACUAAAUCAUGAUGUUCACAGGACGGUUCCUGUGUUAUGACUGAAAUAUGGAAAUUCUGGGGGUUUUAACAGCACCUGUCCUGACUAGUUUGAACAUGUAAUGCUUUGUUUUUCCAUUGUUAUUGAUGGCAUUGUUUAUGCUUUACAAUUUUUGCCAUUUGUGUUUUAGUUUUGUGCUAGAUGUGACAUGUAUGUAAGACA